AUGCUCGGCAACGUGCUGGCAUCUGAUGCUUUCCUCAACCGCUUCGGCCACACGGUCAACGGAGUGCGCGUGAUCCCGGCAAGUGACCAGCAGAUCCUCAACGCCGCCGCCACCGUCGGCAUCUUCACCUCAGCCUUUGCCACAGGUAUCCUGUCCGACGUCCUCGGCCGCAAGAGGGUCAUAUCCAUGGCGGCCCUGAUCUGCACCGCCGGCAUCUUGACGCAGUACUUUGCCGAGACCAUCCCCGUCCUCUUUGGCGGCAAGGUCGUCGGCGCCUUUGGCUUCGGGCUGGGCCACUCCCUGGGCCCCGUCUACGUCGCCGAGCUGGCCCCCGUCAGGCUCCGCGGCGUGUGUCUCGCCCUCGUAAACACCAUGAUCGUCAUCGGCCAGUGGCUGAGCUCGGUCGCAGUGUACGCGGCCUCGGCGACCUACGCCGGCGACGCGCAGUGGAGGAUUCCCGUCGUCACGCAGCUCAUCUUCCCCGCCAUCCUGCUCGUAGGCUCCCUGGCAGUGCUGCCCGAGUCGCCGUCGUGGCUGAUUCUUCGCGACAGGCCGGAGGAAGCCGCUGCGGCGUUUCGCAAGUUCAACGGUCCUGGGUUCGACGUCGACAAUGCAAUGGCGAUGAUGACCUUGGCCGUGAUCAAGGAGAAGGAGCUCCAGUCGUCGGGGUCGGGUGGAUGGGUCGAGUGUUUUAGGGGGCCCAACGGCAGGCGGACAUUGAUCAUCUGCAUGGUCUACAUUGCGCAGCAGUUUAUUGGUGUCAACUUUAUUGCUGGCUACCUGGCCUACUAUUUUAAGCUGGCUGGGGUGGACAACGCGCUGGGCAUUGCUCAGGCUGCGUAUGCGAUUCAGUUGGUCGGCAACAUGUGCUCUUGGCCGCUGAUAGACCGGCUGGGACGUCGACCGCUUUUGGUUGGUGGCAUGUUUGUCAUGACUGCAGGACUACUACUCAUCGGCGGCAUCAGCACCAUCAACAACGCACCGUCCCUCAAGGCUACGGUCGCAUUUAUGACUGUUUGGGGCUUCCUGUAUCAAGCAACCCUCGGCGCGGUGGCCUACGCCAUCGGCGGUGAGACCCCCUCCCCCUCGCACCGGCAAAAGACCUACUCCAUCAACAUCAUGAGCGCCACGGCCGUCUCGUGCGCCGUGCUGCAGCUGAUGCCGUACCUGAUCAACCCGGACCAGGCGAACCUGGGCGGCAGGAUCUGCUUCGUCUUCUUCGCGCCCUCGGUGCCCAUGUGCCUGUACCUGUACUUCUGCCUGCCUGAGAUGAAGGGCCGCACCUACGUCGAGCUCGAGGAAAUGUUUCAGAACAAGGUCCCCGCGCGGGCGUUUGGGUCGUACGUCUGCCACGGCGCAAUGGAGCUUUCUGGCGCGGUCAGGGAUGCCAAGAGGUCCGAGGUCGAGGCUGCGAAGGUUGAGUAGAAAAGAGGCAGGGGUUAUGUCUUUGCGUGUAGGUGGUAUCAAGUCACUAGCUACGAAGUAUAUGCCAGCCCGUAUUGGGAUUAUCUCUCUGGCGUACAAGCAAGCGAACGCAACAUAAGAGACUCAUGAAGAAAAGGUACAAAAUGGCCCAGCCUGGAAUGUGGCGACUAGCAAGGCUCGAAGAAAGCACUCGUCGGCGUCUUUCUUUUCCGAGUACAGUUUCGUCUCGGCGAAUCCAGGCGUCCCCAUGUGACAGAUGUAAUGUCAAGCAGCCUACACCAAGAUCUAAACCCAACGCUAUUACUCUUUGCACUUUGCGGCCCAAAAAUCCUCUCAUGAGAUCAUGUGCCGACCGCACCUCUAGAAACCCGAGUGUGACCGUCUCAGCUUGAUACUCUUUGCACGACUAUGCCGACUCUGUUGUUCCCUCAACUCAGACUGGGAAUAAGACAAGCGCCCAAGUAGAUUUCAUGUACUUGUCUUUGCCUCUAUCAUGAUUCUAACCCUUCAUCUCUCAGGUACUACAAAAAGAAAAGCCAAACCUUUCUCAUUCGGAGUCCACCGCUGGCCAUCUGUCCUCCGAUCCGUUCUGUGUUGCGUCGACUUGUGUAC